CCACUCGAUCCUUUGGUUUGUAGUUUCCCACGCCACUUUGUCAUCUUCUUCUUAUUCUCUCAUUCCACUGUUUCCUCUUAAACCUCUGCACCAACAAGCCACUGGGUUUUGCAAAGUCUACUCUUCUAUCAAUGGGGUUCGCAGUAAUCAAUAUCAUCUAGUUAUUCAGGAGGAACAAGAUCCACGAGGCUGCGUUUUCUCAUCAAACGACAACAAUGGGUCAGGCAUUUCGUCGAGCAUCUGGUAGAAUCCGAGCUGCAUCCGAAGCUGACACCUCAUCCUUGUCCAGGCCGAAGCCCGCCGUCGAUCACCGACCACCGACCAAGGUUGCCGCCGACAAGUCGGCUGAGAUCUCGAAGGCCGCCCAACAAGACGUGUUGGAAGCUGAUGAUCGUCCUAGAGUUAAUGUGGACAACAUUCUGGAAGAAAGAGACCCCUCAUAUGAUGCUAUGCUUGGUCAGAUGGUUGGCAGGAUUAAGUCAAAGCCUGGGGGGAAAUCUGAGAUGGGGGAGGCCUUUCUGGUUGAGAAGUAUAGGAGGCCCAUGCCAAGAUUACGAAAUACAAAACCAGAUUCUGGCGGUUAUGAGGAAAGGCCAGUCCCGACAGGCACUUUGAAUGUAGCACAGUUGCGCCAGAUCAUCCUCUUGCAUAAUGGCAAGGCUGAAGAUCACAAUGGGCCAAUGGAUGCCCAUCAGAUUGCUGAAAAAUUCCAGGUUGAUGUUGUUCAGAUUCAGAGGAUCUUGCAAUUCCUAUCUGAACCUCCAGAAGGCAGCAAAGAAGAUAAGAACAAAACGCCGAGAUAAAUAGCAUUACCAGCAUUGCUAACCGGUCCCUCUCUUACAAAAGGUGUCUUUCUCAUUGAAAAAUAUGGUUAUCUUCUACCGAAAGUUGAUGCCAAAGUUUCUGGCCUAAGGACUUCUUUCAACUUGUAUUUUACUGUAUUAAAAAGUGAUAGUGUGGCCCAAGUACUUAGAUUUUGUUAGGACCUUAUAAUAUCAACAGAUUAAAUUACCUUGUGAUGGAAAAUUACCUUUUGUGAGAGUUGGAAUAAGGGUUUGUAACCCAAAAGUCGAAUAUUUGUUUGUUCAUUUUUCAAUGCUUCACAGCAAUCUUCCCUAUUCAAGUCUUUAUCUCCAAUAAAACAGUAGCAGAUUGAGAUUUUGCUCUAAAAUAUGUAGGUUAUGUUUACAUUCUGUAUAAUUUCUUCUACAUUUCA